AUGUCCGACCUGAAUGAUGAUCUGUCGCCCUUAUCUUCUGGAAUCGACAGCAUCACUCCGUUCCCUCAAUUGGAAGAUGAUGUUAAUGAAACACCACCUACCAACGGUGAUGAUGAAGCACUACAUAUGAAGUUUUCGCCUCUGCGCAAUCGCACUGGCACAGCGCAUGCAAUGAUACACAAAAAUUCGUUAUCUAGCGCAUCCCAGAGUGAAUUGCAAUCGCAAACGGAAUCGUCCGAAGAUGCGAGAAACCCCAAUGACGAGCAGGCCCUAUCGCCUAGCAUUGAAAUUCAAGAAGAUACAGAGGACGCCGAGUUCCAGUCACAGUAUUACGUGGAGAAUGAGUCUUUGGAGCAUGCAGAAGAUAUAUCGCUGGACUCUACUGGGGAGGAUUUCAAUGACGAAGAUGAGCUACAAGAGCCCAGUAGCGACGAAGACGGCGACGAUGAUUCUCAAGAAAGAAGUAGCAAUGGCGUCAAUAUGCAUCGACCAUUCAUGCAAUCCACAUCUUCGUUAUCGGGUCCCAAUGCGUUUGCACCGCCCUUCUAUAACCGACCCCCUACACCUCUUCCGCCGUCGCCGUCUUUGACUUCCUUGUUGCGACCACCAUUCUCGACGACGACGUCCAGGCCCACCACUCCUGAUACAUCAGAUGCGGAGACACCGAAUGAUACGGAAGCUGCCGUCGCAAAGUCUGCGAGAAUCGCGACCACCGUUCCCAGGGCGAGCCCGAAAGUCCCAACGUAUGAGUACUACGGCUUCGUGCUCUACCUUACAUCUUCUUGCGCAUUCUUAAUGUACCUUUUAUGGUCGUACCUUCCAUCGCCCUUUCUCCACCAACUCGGCAUCUACUAUUACCCCAACCGGUGGUGGUCACUUGCAAUCCCUGCAUGGCUCGUUAUGUUCCUCGUUUACAUAUACGUCGCUCUCGCGUGCUAUAAUACUGGUUAUCUGACACUUCCGAUGACGUCUAUUGAGAACAUCGUCGACGAAGCAGCAAACAUCGCGGUUAUUAAUGGUAAAGGGCGCCGGCGGCCCGGUGGUAGUGAGAAAAUGAAACCCGGCUCAGCGACAAGUCAGACAAUGUCCACUGCACAGAACCGAAGGGUCCAUGGGCAUGCCUCGUCUGGCAGUGCUAGUGGUAACGGAAGCUUGUUGUGGAAAGAUGUUUGGGCUGAGAGUACUGACGCCGUCAUGGAUAUACCUGUGGGAGGCGUAUGUGAAGUGCUCUAUGGUAGGGACAGGGAAGAUGACCCUAGCAUUGAAGCCGCCUCGGAUCAAUAUGAACCAGUGUAUGAUUCUCGGCGCAGGCGCUUUCAGCGGGAAGAUAUGUUACACUUUGACGGGUCUUCAAGCUAUCGUCCCAAUAAUAUAGCCGAAUACCCAUCGCAUACUGCUGAUGCUGGAAGUUCCUGGUAG